AUGAUGCAAGCCAAGAAGAUUAAGUACGACGUCAUCGGACUGACCGAGCCGACGCAACGUAACCAUCUCAACGCCGUUUAUGAAAAUGGAGAAGAACUGUUCUUAGGAACAUGCGACAGUAGAGGUGUUGGUGGAGUUGGCGUUUUCGUCAAGAGUAUGCCAAAGAACAUCGACUUUUUCCAACAACUUACGACCCAAAUCGGACGUCUGCGGAUGAGAAGAUGUGGUCCAACACCAGCUUUGACAAUCUUCGUCGCCUGCGCUCCAACAUCAAGCUACGAAGAAGAAGAAGAAGUCGAAGUUUUCUAUAUGGACCUGAAGAAGUUCUACCGAGAAGAUCAUGCCUUCUACAAGGUCAUAAUUGGUGAAUUCAACGCCAAAAUUGGCUUCCAGAAGAACGCCCUUCACAUCGGGAGCCACGGCCUUCAAUGGAAUGAACAGGGGGAGAAGUUCUCAGAGUUCAUCAUGAAGACUAAGACCAUCCAUAAGAACUCGCAAUUCAAGAAGCCCUCCUCUCUACGCUGGACGUGGAAGUUACCCGGUGGAGACGUCGCUGUUGUGCCAAAGUUCUAUACGAGAUCGGACCAUCGCCUCCUCCGAGGAAGAUUUUCCUUCACAAGGAUAGAAGAGACAGCCGCCAAGUUCAGAGAGCGAAAUUCCAGAACUAUCAUUAACUGGGAUCUCUCCGCUACGCUAGCUGGCUUUUGGGAAGAAUCCGCAAUGGACAACAUGGACGAGAAAUAUGACCGGCUCGUUGAACACCUUCACGACUGCACGGUGGAAGCUGAGAGUUUGAAAACCACCAAGAGAGGCAUGUCUCUUGAAACUCUUGGGCUGAUACGCCAGAGUGGAGCAGCACGAGCCGGAAAAGAAACGUCCGACCCAAGGUUUGAAAAAGUCUUGGAUGAGGAACAGCCAUGCGAGCAAACAGGGUUUCGAAAAGGAUUCAGCACGAUUGACCACAUUCACACCUGUUUCGAAACUCAUCGAGGUAUCACGAGAGUACAAGAUGCCGCUCUGUCUCACGUUCAUCGACUUGAAGAAGGCCUUCGACUCAUUGAGACGGAAGCAGUCAUGGAAGCCUUGGACAAUCAAAGCGUCUCUACUCACUACAUAAAGGUACUUCGAGAGUUGUGCAGUAACUUCGCGACCGAAAUUUCGCCAUUCUACAAGAACAUCAUUGACGUGAGGAGGGGGGUCCGACAGGGUGAUACAAUUUCACCCAAAAUAUUCACAGCCACCCUCGAGAACGCAAUGCGAAAGUUGGAAUGGGACGACAUGGGAGUGAAGGUUGAUGGUCGACAGCUACACCAUUUGUGCUUUGUUGAUGACAUCGUACUGAUAACACCUAGCAUCAGCCAAGCGGAACGAAUGCUGACCGAAUUUGACGAAACAUGUGGAUGA